GGAUCCGCACAGCGAGUCAGAGCCGAGCGGCUGCAACUGAACGGAGUCCAGAGGCGCUUCCUGCAGCAGCCCGGGCGGCCGGAGCUCAGCGCCUCCCGAGAGCUCCAGCUGCAACUUGUGAGCCGGCGGCCGCCGCCGCUCUUGCCUGUGGAGAGGCGCCGCCUCCAGCUCUUCGAAAAGUUGCCUCGGCUGCCGGACGGGUCAGCCAGCCCAGUAGCACCAGAAGGUUGCUGAAGCAGGAAUCUUGAUUGAUGCAUGCUUACCUCAACCUGACUUCUGGAAAAGAACCAGUAUUGCGCUGAAAGCCUGUCACCAGGAAACACUCAGGACAAGCUUGGCCAAUAAAAGAUAUAUGAAGUGCACCGCUCAUUAGAGGUCAGAAAAGAAAUUGUGCUUGAAGCCUCAAGAGCUAUAUAGGAAUAAUUGGAUCGAGUAGCCGUGGAGACCAUGGAGGGGGAUUGUCUGAGCUGCAUGAAGUACCUGAUGUUUGUUUUCAAUUUCUUCAUAUUUCUGGGAGGGGCCUGCCUGCUGGGCGUUGGGAUCUGGGUCAUUGUGGAUCCUACAGGAUUUCGAGAGAUUGUGGCUGCCAAUCCUCUGCUCUUCACGGGGGCGUACAUCAUGCUGGCCAUGGGAGCAAUGCUCUUCCUGCUGGGCUUUCUCGGCUGCUGUGGUGCUGUCCGUGAGAACAAAUGCCUCCUGCUUUUUUUCUUCAUGUUUAUUUUGUUAAUCUUCCUGGCAGAGCUCUCAGCUGCAAUCCUGGCUUUUAUCUUCAGAGAAAAUCUGACUAGAGAAUUCUUCACCAAGGAGCUAAAGAAGCACUAUCGGGGGAACAAUGAGACCGAUGUCUUCUCUUCCACCUGGAACUCGGUUAUGAUCACAUUUGGCUGCUGUGGAGUGAAUGGGCCGGAGGAUUUUGAAAAAACUCCUCAUUUCCGACUCCUCCAUUCAGAUGAUGUGGUCCCAGAAGCUUGUUGCCAGCGAGAGCUCCAGAGCCGGGAUGGGGCAUUUGUCAGCAAGGAGGACUGCCUCAUGGGGAGAGACAUGUACCAGAACCGACAGGGCUGUUACACUGUGAUCCUGAACUCCUUCGAGACCUAUGUGUACCUUGCAGGAGCUCUCGCCAUUGGCGUCUUGGCCAUUGAGCUGUUUGCCAUGAUCUUUGCAAUGUGUCUCUUUCGAGGGAUCCAGUAGGAGGUGCCCCCUGAGCAACUGCGAUGCUCCUAUGUACUUGGAAGAAAGACCGAAAAAAAGAGGGGGAAAAAAACUUUAUUUUUUUUUAGCAAAAUGGAAACAAAAAAGGGUUGUAAUAUAUGAAUGACCAAAUGGAUUGUACUUCAGGGGCGGGAACUUUGAGGUGCUGUGCACUACACUACGCCACACCGACCUUCUCCCAGAGCAACCUGCACAGACAUUGAUCAGGAGCAAAGUGCAAUGAAUUGCACUAGAGACUGACGGAGCCUGCAGGGUG